GAACUUUCAGCAUCAGCCUAGAAGGCUCCCGCCAGACAGCUCAUUGAUAAUCUCUGAGUGACCAGCUCUCUUUGAUAUCCCCAGAGAAACCAGCUCUCUGACCUUCCAAAGGAUGGAUCACUUCAUCUUUAGACUCCCAUCCAUCACGAAACUUGUGCUCUGGUGUUUCCUUUUGACUUCCCAUAGCUUGGCAGCUCCAGGAAAGCAUAGCUACCAUUCUCCUGCUGAAGACCGCCUCUUCAAACACCUCUUUAAGGGUUACAAUCGCUGGUCCCGCCCAGUUCGGAACACUUCUGAUGUGGUGAUCAUCCGCUUUGGGCUCUCUAUUGCCCAGCUCAUUGAUGUCGACGAGAAGAAUCAGAUGAUGACGACCAAUGUCUGGCUGAAACAGGAGUGGAGUGAUUACAAGCUGCGCUGGAACCCAACUGAUUAUGGCAACAUCACAUCGAUCCGGGUCCCUUCAGAGAUGAUCUGGAUUCCUGACAUUGUUCUCUACAACAAUGCUGAUGGGGAGUUUGCAGUGACUCACAUGACUAAGGCUCACCUGUUCUUCACAGGCACAAUAAAGUGGGCACCCCCAGCAAUCUAUAAGAGCUCCUGCAGCAUUGAUGUGACUUUCUUCCCCUUUGACCAGCAGAACUGCAAGAUGAAAUUUGGUUCCUGGACCUAUGACAAGGCCAAGAUUGACCUUGAACAGAUGGAACAGAUGGUAGACCUGAAGGACUACUGGGAGAGUGGGGAGUGGGCCAUCAUCAAUGCCGUGGGCACCUACAACACUAAGAAGUAUGAUUGCUGUGUAGAGAUCUACCCUGACAUCACCUAUUUCUUCAUUAUCCGGAGGCUGCCUCUCUUCUAUACCAUUAAUCUCAUCAUCCCUUGUCUCCUCAUCUCCUGCCUCACUGUCCUGGUGUUCUACCUGCCGUCAGACUGUGGUGAGAAGAUCACCCUCUGCAUCUCAGUCCUAUUGUCCCUCACUGUCUUCUUGCUUCUCAUCACUGAAAUCAUUCCCUCCACUUCCCUGGUCAUUCCACUCAUUGGUGAAUACCUUCUCUUCACCAUGAUCUUUGUCACGCUCUCUAUUGUCAUCACAGUCUUUGUCCUCAAUGUCCACCACCGCUCUCCAGGAACUCACAUCAUGCCCCAUUGGGUGAGGGUUGCCUUUCUGGGCUGUAUACCCCGAUGGCUUUGGAUGAAUCGGCCCCCUCCUGUCCUGGAGCCCCAUCAGCACUCUGGCCAAAAGCUCAGUACCAUUCAUUGGUUGGAGACCAAUAUAGAUGAGGAGGAGAAAGAAGGUGGAGUGGAGGAAGAAAGCUGGGAAUUUUCUACCCAUUCAUCACCAAUAAUAAAUACUCUCUCUUGUCACUGUGGCCAUUACCAUGGCCCCCCAUGUUCCAAGGCAGGGACUCAGUUACCAGAGCCUGGAUUCCUUCUGCCCCAAAGCAUCCAAAAAGCCCUGGAAGGUGUGCACUAUAUUGCUGAUCAUUUAAGGACAGAAGAUGCUGAUUUUUCGGUGAAGGAAGACUGGAAGUAUGUUGCCAUGGUAAUUGACCGGAUAUUCCUCUGGAUGUUUAUUAUUGUCUGCUUCCUUGGGACCAUUGGCCUCUUUCUUCCUCCACUUGUAGCUGGCAUGAUCUAAAAGCACAAGCUCUGAUCCAAGGGUGACAUUUCUGAUGUCUGGUAGCUUCUCUGAACUACAACUAUAUUUGCAUUUUUAUUAAGACAUUGGGGGAAACAGGAGGUACUAAUUCAGCCAGUCAUUUGAGAGUUGGUAUGAGGAUAUUAAUUAUUUCGUUGUGGGAUUAUUAAACUAAACCAUGCUAGGACUUAUCUUCCAUGAAACUAUUGAUUGAUAUAUUGAUCAAAUAUUGAGUACUUAUUGCAAACAAAGCAUUAUCCUAGAUAUCAGUGAGAACAUCAAAAAAAUGUAA